AUGUGGUCAUCAAAUGGUGGCGGAGGCGUAGGCGUCGUUGGAAAUGGUCCAUCUCCUGAACACAUUCUACACUCGGUACCGCCGAUUGUGGCAACGGAAAUGCAACAGUUGAUUGAUGAAAUGCGCCUUCAGGACUUUGAUUCAAUCAGAUUUGCGACGUAUCGAGCCGCCUGCAAACUUCGAUUCAUUCAACAAAAGACAAAAGUCCAUCUGGUUGACAUUUGGAAUAUGAUCGAAGCAUUCAGAGAGAACGGAUUGAAUGCACUUCCUCUCCAUACUGUGAUCAAAACCUCUCGAGCUGAGCUGCUCCUAACUACAGUAUUCCACAAUUUGAACAAACGACUCGUAGCUUCGCAACACGUCGACACAGAUGUCUCCAUUUCCCUGUUAUUGGCUUUCUUGUUGGGUGCUUAUGAUAAACAAAAUACCGGAAGACUUACAGUAUUCUCGAUCAAAGUCGCAUUAGCUACGUUGUGUGCUGGAAAAUUGGUGGAUAAAUUGAGAUACAUUUUCUCACAAAUCGCCGAUUCCAAUGGACUCAUGGACCAUAUCAAAUUCACCGAUUUCCUACAACAAGUGCUUUCUCUGACCACUGCCGUUUUCGAAGCGCCGACUUUUGGUUUUUCUGAAAGUGCAGUCACACAAUGCUUUCAUAAAGAUGACAAAGUUUCGUUAAAUGUCUUUUUGGACACUUUUUUGAGCGAUCCGUGCCCUCCAUGCAUCAUGUGGUUACCCCUUCUCCAUCGUAUGGCAGCAGUCAGCAAUGUCUAUCAUCCAGUUGUUUGUGAUGCGUGUCAAGUGAGAAGCUUCACAGGAUUCCGUUAUAAAUGCCAACGAUGUGCCAAUUAUCAACUAUGUCAAAGUUGUUUUUGGAGGGGAAGAACGAGUCAGAACCACUCGAAUGAGCAUGAAAUGAAGGAGUAUUCUAGUUAUAAAUCCCCAGCCAAACAACUAGUCCACUCCAUUCAUAAAAGUCUUCAAUGCAUCCCAGCCUCAUCGUCCGGAGAUGCCAAUAUUGAUAUUUUGAAUACGACUGGAGUCCCAAUUGGAAAACCAACUCGUCCUUUGAACCUGAACAAUAUUGUUCCCGCCACACCGACAACCAUCAGAAGACAACACGCUGCCACGUCAUCGGCUGAUUGGCCAACGUCGCCAGUUUUGUUACCUGGACAAGCAUCACACGGAGGAGUUAUCGAUGAUGAGCAUAAAUUGAUUGCUAGAUAUGCGGCGAAAUUGUCUGGGAGAGCUGAUAGCUUUAUUUUUGUAGUUGACAACUUUUUUGUAAAAUUUGGUCCUGAAGAGAUGCGCCGCGUGGAAAAGACUCGUCUUCGAAAAGUCGACUCGCGCGAUGAUCGGCGACAAAGGUAUCCCUUAUCCAAUGGUCGAAGUAUGAAUAGUUCAAUGAUUGAAGACGAAAGAACACUGAUAGCUCAAUUGGAAGAAGAGAAUUCAAUGAUGGUACGAGAAAUGGCUCGUCUGGAGAGUCAAACAACGUCCGAUGAUGGAUUGGCAGGAUUAAGAGAUCGGAAAAUGGAAUUGGAGGAGAAAAUGUUUGAAAUGCAGCAGCGCCGGAGAGAGUUAAUGAUGCAGUUGGAGCAUUUGAUGGCACAGUUGAAUACCGGCCCUCAACCAACCGGAGGUGUCUCAUCGGCGUCCCUAUCCCAAUUACCAUUUGCUUCGGAUCAACAGUUAACCGGAGUGAACUCAAAUGUGGCGAAUGCAUUCCGUGCUGGAAGUCUUCCGGCCACAAGUUUACAAGGAGAUCUACUACAUGCCGCUGAUCAAAUUACAACCAAUAUGAGUGAUUUGGUUAGGCAGUUGGAUUUAGCUCAAGCCGAAGACAAUGGUGUCACUAUCAAUGGAUUCUAG